AUGAACGCAAUCUCUUCACUCACCAUUGACAGGGAGGUGCGUUACUCAGCUCUCAUAUCGUCCACCGAUGUCAACCCUGAGUUCCUCAAAGUCGUCCAGAACAUCAAAAAGUUCCCAAUGGGCGUGGACUUGUGUGGAUCUACCUUAAUUGCGUCUUCCUCGUACGAAGAAAUUGACGAGUCACCCGCGUAUACUUGGACAACUCUGAUCUCAAACUUGGGCGGCAACUUGGGCUUCGUGGGCGUGUCGCUGAUCACCUUCUUCGACGUGGUCUACUACUUAUUCGACGUGUUCCUGAUCCUGCUGUGGCCGCGCUGCUACGACGUCUCGGAGGGCGUCACCAAGUCCGUCGCUCCCGUCAAGAAAAUUCCGAAGAAAAUCAUAAUCUUGGCCGGUCCUCCGGAACAGCUGCCACACGGAAAGCCUGUCAAGAAGCGCCCGCUGAGGUCAAAUGUCCGAUGGUCUGAACGCUUCAACCAAGUCUUCAUGAGCCAGUGA